CAGUAGGAGGGAGGAGGGCAGGCAGACAGACAGCCGCUUUGCCUGGGAGAAAAUCUGUCUAUCAAGGCGGAUUACUUGUGGUGUACCUUUUAAAAAAAAAACAUUUGCUGUUCCUGGACGCAGAGGAUUUGAAUCACGGGAUGUCAAAGCGAGUGAGAAGCAGAGAGGUCUGCGCUGAUUGCAGCGCUCCUGAGCCUCGGUGGGCCUCUGUUAACAGAGGUGUGUUGAUCUGUGACGAGUGCUGCAGCAUCCAUCGUGGUCUCGGUCGACACAGCUCCCAAGUCCGACAUCUGACUCAUUCUACUUGGCCACCCUCUCAGCUGCAGAUGGUCCAGACGUUGUACGGUAAUGGAGCAAACUCCAUAUGGGAACAUAGCCUUCUGGAUCCUUCCUCUUCAGUCGGCGGAAAGCGCAAAGCCAACCCUCAGGACAGAGUUCAUCCCAACAAGACGGAGUUCAUCAAGGCGAAAUAUCAGAUGUUGGCUUAUGUACAUCGGCUGCCUUGUCGGGAGGAUGACAGUGUAACUGCAAAAGACCUCAGUAAGCAACUUCAUUCUAGUGUUCGGACAGGGAACCUGGAGACCUGCCUCAGACUCCUGUCCUUAGGAGCACAGGCCAACUUCUUCCACCCUGAAAAAGGAAACACUCCGCUCCACAUAGCAGCUAAAGCUGGUCAGAUUCUGCAGGCGGAGUUGUUGGCAGUUUAUGGAGCUGAUCCUGGAGCUCUGGACUCGAGUGGGAAAACCCCCAUUAACUACGCAAGACAAGCUGGCCACUUUGAGCUUGCAGAGAGGCUGGUGGAGAUCCAGUAUGAGCUCACAGAUCGGUUGGCUUUUUACCUUUGUGGCAGAAGACCAGAUCACAGAAAUGGGCAGCACUUCAUCACUCCUCAAAUGACAGACAGCAGCCUGGAUUUGUCAGAUUUUGCAAAGGCUGCAAAAAAGAAGCUGCAGUCGUUGAGCAACCAUCAGUUUGAAGAACUCGCCAUGGAUGUUUAUGAUGAGGUGGACAGAAGGGAAACUGAUGCAGUGUGGUUGGCCACUCAGAACCACAGCACACUUGUCACCGAAACCACAGUUGUGCCUUUUCUGCCCGUCAAUCCUGAGUAUUCUUCUACCAGGAACCAGGGUCGUCAAAAACUGGCCCGGUUCAGCGCUCGUGAGUUUGCCACCCUUGUCAUCGAUAUUCUAGCAGAUGCUAAACGACGACUGUGGGGUAAUUCCUGCGACAGCCCGAAAGACAACGUGGAGUUGAUCCUCCAAGGAAUAGACAGUCGCCACAACAGUGAGAGCCAAGACAACGACCAGCCGGAUUACGACAGCGUGGCUUCAGAUGAAGACCCCGUCCAGGAGGCCACGUGUGGAGACAGCUGCAACGAUGGAAGGACAAAGAGCUCAGAGUCUUCUGACCUGUCUGACGGCCCGAUCACAGUACAGGAGUUUUUGGAGGUGAAGAGCGCCCUCACUGCAUCAGAAGCCAAAAUACAACAACUUCUCAAAGUCAACUGUCAUCUGAGUGAAGAGCUGCGGAUGAUGCAGAGCAAGCUGAGCUCCCUGCAGACGGAAAACACAACGCUGCGAUGGCAAGCCCCCAGCGGGCAACAACACCCCCAGGGGCCAUUUGGUCGACAUCCGGUUCGCGGAGGUCGAGCCAUGUCCAUGUACGAGACGGGCUCUGCUCCGAGGCAGUUCUCCCACCGAGCUGAAACGACUCGCCAAGAUGACGGAGUCAUUUUACAACCCUUCCCUACAAACAUUGGUAGGGGUCCUUUGGGGACAGCUGCCUCCUCCCUCCCUACCUUCCCCUCUCCCCUGUCCUGGUCGCGGGAUGAGAGAUCUCGAAGGGGCUGUAGUCUUGGAGGGCAGAGUACGAUGCUGGAGAAUGACUAUGACACAACACCCAGUCACUCUGAACAGGAGGAUGCUAGCAGCCCUCUUGCAGCCCCUGAAGCAGUGGAACCAGAAGAGGAAGGUGAAGGAGACUUCACCCUGCCGUGCACAGAGGAUGUUAUCUGUAAGACGGAGCAGAUCACGAAGAACAUCCAGGAACUUCUUAGAGCUGCUCAGGAAACCAAACAUGAGAGCUUUCUGCCGUGCUCUGAGAAGAUCUGCCUGGCUGUCACAGAGAUGGCUGCCCUGUUUCCAAAGAGGCCAUCUCUGGAGACGGUACGGAGUUCUCUCUACCUGCUCACCUCCAGCGCCAACCGGCUCCACGGAGAGUGCCAGAAGGCCGCGGAGCACAAUCCCUGCCCAUCGGACAUCCAGCUGGUCACUCAGCAGGUUAUCCAGUGUGCCUAUGACAUUGCCAAAGCUGCCAAGCAACUUGUUACUGUGACAACCAAAGAAAACAACAACUAACUAAAAGCAAAACCAAAGACGUAGCUGAUGCACCC